AUGACCCAGGAGCAGAUACCAACGACCAUGAAGGCGUUGAGGCUCGUGGAGUACAACGAGAACUACCAACUUCGCAGUGAUGUCCCUGUCCCGAUUCCUGGUCCAGGAGAGCUCCUCAUCCGCGUGGCUGCAGCUGGAUUCUGCCAUACCGAUUACCAAGUCUACCAAGGCGCAUAUGGAACUCAGCUGCCGUUCACCGGCUCCCACGAACCUGCAGGCACUAUCGUUAAGCUUGGCUCUGACAAGGUGAACGAUCGCGUUGGUGUGCUCAACUUUAGAAAUCCAUGCAACGAAUGCAACGGAUGCCGAUGGCGAAUGAAAACGUACAGCUCCUUGGAUGCCCGGUAUUGCGAAAACAAGACCAUGAGUGGUAUUCUGAGAGCGGACGGUGGCUUUGCUGAGCACAUGAUUGCUUCACAUGAUGCGCUCGUCCACUUGCCGGAUAAACUGACAUUUGAGCAAGCCGCACCAUUGAUGUGCGCUGGUGCCACCGCAUGGAAUGCAGUGAAGGAAACUGGGCUACAGAAGGGACAGUCAAUCGCAAUUGUUGGAAUCGGCGGCCUGGGUGUUCUAGCUGUGCAGUUUGCCAAAUCACAGGGCUUGCGGGUUGUGGCCAUUGACAAUCGUGAUAUUGGUCUGAAGCUUGCAUCAGAAGUUCCUGCUCAUCUCAGACCGGACCAGGUCAUCGACUACAACAGUAAAGAUGCUAUACAAAAAAUAUCCGAGUUUACGGACGGCAUUGGGCUGAACGGUGCUGUGGUCUGCACUGAUGAUGUACCAGCAAGUGACUGGGCAUUGCAUCGCCUUCAGCCUAGGGGAGUCUGUAUUGCUCUCGGGUUGCCAGAAUCUGGCUUCAAGUUUGAUGCUUUUAAUCUCGUGUUCCGAGAAAUUAUCAUCAAGGGGUCGCUACAUUGCCCCGUUGAGGAAGUCAAAGUGAUGAUGAAAGCUGUUUCUGCCAAUGGGGUUGUUAGCCAUCUUACCGUCCUGCCGCUAGAGGAGGCUGAGGACAUACCUGACAGAGCAGCUGCCCAUUCGUUCGCCGGACGUCUGGUCGUUAAAUUAUAA